GAUCACCACCAAAAAAAAAAAGUUGAACAACUUUGCACAGCAGGAAGAAAGGAAAGACCACAAGAGAACUCGAACGGAACGCAAACAGGAUGAGCACACUAGCAUCACUAUUCAAGAAGAUAUCCCAACCCAAUCCAGAGGAGAUCGAUCCAGAAGAUGGGUACCAUUCGAUGGACGCCAGACUCAAACGAACUGGAGAACAAGAUGAAGAAGGCAAUGACGAAGAAAAUGAGAAGAGGAUCGGGAUGGGAGCUAGUCAACUCAGACAGAAGAUCAACAUCGAACAGGACCCUAAUCAGCUCAAGAAGUAUGCCGGAAGAUUGGUGAAUGUUCACGAUUGGAUGAAUCCCGAUAAUGGCCAAUUAGAAUCAGAUAAUAAUAGUCAACAGAAGAAUGAUGAUGAUGAUGUUGAUGAGCUGGAAGAUGAUGAUGAAGAUGACGAAAACGUAGGCUUGGAAAAUGAUCAGGAAGAGGAUGAAGAAGAAGAAGAAGAUUCAAGUCGUGCUUCGUCGACCUCGUCCAAUAACAAUCCAGAAGAAGAAGAAGAAGAAGCGCCAAGAUCUCAACACCCUUCGAACCCGGAACCAGAUGCAAACCAGUCCAAACAAACUCAAACACACGACCAGCCCUCCGAUCUGAUCAAGCAUUUACAAUCCUCUGUUAAAGCUGACAUCGAGAAAGGAAAAGCGGUCAAGAAACAACUGAAUACGUACGACAGACUCCUUGCGAUAAGGAUCGGGAUCCAAAAGCCUCUGAUUGCGACGAACAAAUUGAUCGAGAUCCACUCUCAAAGCGAAAAACAGGACCCGAAGGAAGAUGAGAGCCAACCUGCGAAAGAAGAAGUGCGGAUGGCGCUCAAUAAUCUACUCGGCAUCAGCGCACAGAUCGGCACCUUAAGAGCUGAAUUGAUGGAAUCAAUCGAUGGUGAACCUCCUCGGAAACGGAGAAAAGAGCUGCAUGAGACGGAUGUAGAUAUAUCCAAAGGAUUGAAAGAGAGUCUUGAAGAAGCUGAUCGACUUGACAAACGAUUAUCGCCGUAUCUACGAACGACGGUCCGGAAAUGGUCGACGAAGAUCAACAGCACGACGACGAUGAGCAAGCGAAAGUUUUCGGGAGGGAGCACGAAGCAAGAGGAGAACGUGAUGGACCAAAUCGAGCAGCUCUGGGCAUCCAAGGAGGAGCGCGAGAAGCUGGUCAUCCGGAGUCGGACCUCCAAACAGGUCUCGAAUCGGACUGGUCUCGCUCCUCAAACGAAAAACAACGGAUGUUCAGAGGAUCCGUUCUUGGGCGCCCAGAUCUUCGAAGAUCGCGACUUCUAUCUCUCGUUGUUAAAGGAUGUCGUCCAAACAGCUACUCGGAAUCAAGAAGAGACGAUGAUGGGAGGAAUGAAUGACUACAGGUCGCAACGAACCCAUCGAGAAGCGGUGGACCCGAAGGCGUCCAAAGGCCGCAAGAUCCGCUACGACGUCCACGAGAAACUGGUCUCCUUGAUGGUCCCGAUCCAGAACGAACUCUGGACGGAUCCGCAGAAAGAUGAACUGUUUGGCAGCUUGUUCGGCUUCGGCUUCGAGACUAAUACCGCCCCUGGACUCGAUCAAGAUCAGUUCUCAUUGGAUAAAUCUGACGGGUUCAAGCUGCUUUGAAUCUCUCUCUCCUUUCUUUUUCUUG